GUUCUUCUCUUUUUAAAGUUCGUAUUUUUUUUUAAAUGUUUAUGAAGAAAGACACAAAAAACCCUAAAUAUAAUUUCACGCAGCUGCCUCUCUUUUCUUCUUCCGAUCCUCCUUCCGCCGAGUGAAGCCGCGACUGUGAAAUCAUGAGAGGAGUAAAACGCGCCGCCAUCUCCGAAUCGAAUGACUCUCCCUUUAAGAAUGCAAAACCAGUGGAAGGAAUCUUUUUUGGUACUCAGAAGAAUGUGGUACCGAUGCAGCAGAGUUCAGUAACAUCAGCAUCAUUGGAUAAACAGAGGGCUGAGUUAGCUAGGAAGCAUGUGAGAGCUCUUAAUAACCAAUUUGUAAGUUGGGUGCAGUUACAGCUGAAGAAUCAUCCUGAUGAACUUUGGGAAGAUGGGAUGAAUGACUACAUUACGCAUGCUUCAAACAUUCUGGAAAAGUUUAAGGAUGUGGUCAGCUGGCUUAAAGAAAAUAAGGGAAAGGGGGAGAAUUUAUCCCCUGAAUCUCGUGGAGCAGAAAAUAAAUUAGUGGCUGAAGUCAAGAAUACCAAUGUUAAAUCAUUUUCAAACAAUAUUCCUUUUGCUUCAAACAAUCAACCUGGGAUCUUCUCAAACAAUCAAUCUUCCGAUUUUUCCAGUAGUCAGUCUGGUUUCUUUUCAAGCCAAUCUGGAGCAUUCUCCAGCAGUCCUUCUGGUUUGAUAUCCAAUAGCCAGACUGGAUCUUUUAGCAGUGGCCAGUUUGGUACGACAAAAAGCAGCCAACCAAGCCUAUUUUCCGGCAGUCAAGCCGGAGCAAUCUCUAAUAGCCAACCUGGAACUUUCUCCAGCAGUCACUCUGGUAUAACAUCUAAUAGCCAGACGGGAUCUUUUAGUAGUGGCCAAUUUGGUCAGACAAAAAGCAGCCAACCAAGCCUACUUUCCGGCAGUCAAGCAGGAGCAAUCUCUAGUAACCAACCUUCUUUUCAAUUUUCUAACAGUCAAUCCCCUUUUACAUCUGCAGUACCUCCAGUGUCCAUACCGGCAAAGCAGGAUCACUCAGAUGAUGCGGAUGGUGGAGACGAACAAUCUCAACCGAGCAGCCCAUCUGUCAAAAAGACGGAAGAAAAGGGUAUUACUGUGGUUCAUGAAGUCAAAUGCAAACUUUAUGUCAAGUCAAGUGACCCAGCAGAUAAAGGGUGGAAAGAUAAAGGAACUGGGAAUCUCUACAUAAAAUGCAAAGAAGGAGUCGACAAGGGGACAAAAGAAUCAAAACCCACAAUUCUUGUCCGAAACGAUGUUGGAAAACUGCUUCUGAAUGCACUACUGUACGCUGGAAUGAAGACAAGCCCACAGAAGAACGCUCUUGUUGCAAUAUUUCACUCCUCGGAUGAUUCCAACGAGAAUGUAACACCGAGAACCUUUCUGAUAAGGACAAAGAACGCAGAAGCUAGAGAUAAUUUAGCAACGGCCAUCCAAGAAUACGCCCCUUCUUCAUAGAUUGCCCAAAGCCAGGUUGAGAUCUUCACUGUAACUUUUAAAAGCCUUAUCGAGUCGUCCUCUCUCUAUAUUUUUUUUCCUGAUUUGUAAUAUUAGGAAGGGUCUUAAGAGUAACGUAAAGCUUGAUAAAGGGCACAAAAAUGUUGUAUGAUUGUGUGAGAGAGAGAGAGGGCCAAAGGAGGUAUUUCGUAGCUUAUUAGAGAAUGUUGUGCCAAUCUUCUUUGUAACUUAAAAACCAGAAACAAUAAAAUCACUUCUUUUUAUAGCAAUUUAUCUGAUUUUAA